AUAAAAUCGGUUUUCGUGGUGGCUCGUCGGUGCGGCGGCAGGUGUCGUUAAUCGUUAUAUCUCAGUGGUCAUCGCUGGAAUACAAUUGGACUGUGCGGACAUCGUGUGGGCACUCAUAGCUACGUUUACAACUGAAAAAUGUCUGGUAUUGCAGUAAGUCGAUUAUUAAAAGAACGUAAAGCAUGGAGGAAAAAUCAUCCAUUUGGUUUUACGGCUAAACCGGCCAAAAAUCAAGAUGGUACAUUGAACCUUAUGGUUUGGGAAUGCCUUAUACCUGGAAGAAUGGGUACUCCUUGGGAAAAUGGAUUGUAUUUCUUACGUAUGACCUUCAAGGACGAUUAUCCAUUGAGUCCACCGAAAUGCAGAUUUGAGCCUCCAUUAUUCCACCCCAAUGUUUACCCCUCCGGUACUGUAUGUUUAUCAAUAUUGGACGAAGAAAAAGAUUACUGUCCAGAUAUUACUAUUAAGCAGUUAUUGUUGGGGAUACAAUAUCUUUUAAAUGAACCAAACAUCAAUGAUCCUGCUCAGGCCGAAGCCUAUCGUAUUUAUUGCCAAAAUCGUUUAGAAUACAACAAUCGUGUCCGAGCACAAGCCAAAGUGAUGCCCAGAGCAGUAUAAAUAUAGUCGGCAGAGAGAAGAUCAUACAUUUAUUUGAUUACCUUACUAAAAUAAUGACAUACUCGAUACAUUUUUCACUUCUGUAAAUCAAUAAGAAAUAUCCAAAUGUAUCAUUACCAACAUUAAACAUUCAAUAGCCUUCUCUCUUUUUUUUUUUACAAUAAAAGAUUAUAUUAUUUUUUUUA